AUGUACCGAAGGAGGGUCUCAAGUGGUGCCCGGAUGGCGAUGGCAGCAAAGUACGAAUUAAAGACCACAGAAGACGUGACCUGUAAGGAAGGCAGGAUCAGACUAGUAGCCAUCAAGGCCAAAUCCCAGCUGGCCACCACGCGCCAUCUCAAUUGUGUCCUUUCUUGGCUUGAGAAGGUGGAACAGCUCUUCCUAGACGGAGAACACACUACCGGCAGCCUGAAAGAUUUGGAAGAUGUUGCACUUGAUCGCCUCACACGUUUGCAGAUGAGAGGGCGCAACGUAGAUGCGGACCUGGGGAGACUCAGCUCGUUCGAUUCUAUUGCUUUGAAGCUGUCUGGAAGCAAAGUGCGGGGAGGAUUGGGGGAGCUGGGCUGGGCAAAGCUUCAAUUCCUGGAUCUGAGGGGCGCUGAGCAAGUGUUUGGUGAUUUGACGAGCAUUCCGGCAGGCUCACCAUUGAAGGGUUUGUGUGUGCAGCGGGCCAACGUCACUGGUGAUGUGACGAAGACGCUGCGAGAGCACGAGAACCUGAUGUACUUGCACUUGCAGCACACACACACAUGUCUUUGGUUCAAUCAAUGA